UCCGUCUUCCCUUCACAACAAUAGACCCCUGCUCGCUCGCUCGCACGCACGCACGCACGCGCGCCUUCUGCUCACGCGCCGACACAAAAAGCGCGCAGUGCUUUCGAAGAGCGACGGUGAAAUGUUUAAACUGCGGUUUGCCGAUUCUUUCUUUCUUUCUAGCUUCACGUCGGCGAGGAGCGCAGGGAAGCCUCUGCGAUGCGCUCAACGGGGGACACGUCGGAGUUGAAAUAAGGGAAACACUGGGGCUUGGGUAAGAAAACCGGAAAGCAGAGGGGGAGGUUUUUUUUCUUCGGUUGGUUGGGGCUUUUUUUUUUUUUUGUUUACGAGGAUGACUGACUGGUGACAAAGAAUACGGGGAGCCCCUCUGGCUUCGGUUGACACCCGCUAUAUAACUUUACGGAAGACAUUUUUGUGGGGACCGGUGUGCUCUUACUUGGACAGACAAAGAUUUUUUUUCUUCCAUCAUUAUUAUUAUUUUUGGAAGGGGAACCAUGCCUGUCCGGAGGGGUCAUGUUGCGCCACAAAACACAUUUUUGGGAGUAAUUAUUCGGAAAUUCGAAGGACAAAAUAAGAAAUUCAUCAUAGCCAAUGCCCGGGUGCAGAACUGCGCUAUUAUCUACUGUAAUGAUGGUUUCUGCGAGAUGACGGGCUUUUCCAGGCCGGAUGUAAUGCAGAAGCCAUGCACUUGUGACUUCUUGCAUGGCCAGUUCACCAGUCGGCACGCUGUGGCCCAGGUGGCCCAGGCACUGCUGGGGUCCGAGGAGCGCAAAGUGGAGAUCACCUACCACCGCAAGGAUGGUUCAAACUUCCUCUGUGCCACCCAUAUCAUCCCUGUGAAGAACGAGGAGGGUGUGGUCAUGAUGUUCAUCCUGAACUUUGAUUACAUCCUGGAUGAAGGCAGCAGUGACUCGCUGGAGAGACUAAACCAUACCUCACCUUCUAAAGCUGACCAAUGGAAAGGGAGAUUCUUUCGUUUCCGUCUCCCAGCCUUACCUCUCCUGGGAAUCAGCAAGCAGUCCCUGCCCCAGGAAGACCCUGAUGCCGUCAUGGUAGACUCUCCUCGGUACAGUGACGGCUCAGUAGCAACACGCGACUACCAACUUCCCACCACUCGAGAGAGCUGCAGUCCCUCUUACGCCAACGACACCCGUGCCCUCAUCGGCCCCAGCCACUGCUCAACCCCUGUGUCUGGGCCUUUGGACCACUCGUCGCCUAAAGGCCCCUGGGACCGGAUGUACCCGGACCAGGCCGUUGCCCAGACACAAAACCAGAGCCAAGAGGACACGCUUAUUGCAGCUCCAUCAAUCCCAGGCCUUACUCCAACUGCCUCCAGAGAGAGUAUGUGCAGUAUUCGCAGGGCCUCUUCUGUACAUGACAUGGAAGGCUUUGGGUCCAACUCCAAGAUGGUGUUCAGGGACCGGCAUGCCAGUGAAGAUAAUGGUCGCAAUAUCAAAGGACCACUCAGCCAAAUCAAAUCAAGCCUGCUUGGCUCAACUUCCGACUCCAACCUCAACAAGUACUCCACCAUCAACAAGAUUCCCCUGAUCACGCUCAACUUCUCAGAGGCAAACAAUGAUAAGAAGUGCCCCUCCCCUCCAUCCUCUGAGAAAACUAUCAUCGCCCCAAAAGUCAAAGAUCGCACUCACAAUGUCACAGACAAAGUCACACAGGUUCUUUCUCUGGGUGCCGACGUGCUUCCUGAAUACAAACUCCAGACACCACGGAUGGAUAAGUGGACCAUUCUUCACUACAGUCCAUUCAAAGCAGUUUGGGACUGGCUGAUCCUGCUGCUGGUCAUCUACACGGCCAUUUUCACCCCCUACUCUGCUGCCUUCCUCCUCAAUGACAUUGAGGAGCAGAGGAGACGGGAGUGUGGCUAUUCCUGCUCGCCCCUCAAUGUGGUUGAUCUGAUAGUUGACAUUAUGUUUAUAGUGGACAUCCUUAUAAAUUUUAGGACGACUUACGUCAACACCAAUGAGGAGGUGGUCAGCCACCCAGCCAAGAUCGCCAUCCACUACUUUAAAGGCUGGUUCCUCAUAGACAUGGUGGCUGCCAUCCCUUUUGACUUGCUCAUCUUUGGCUCAGGAUCUGAUGAGACUACCACUCUGAUCGGUCUGCUAAAGACGGCCCGUCUCCUACGGCUUGUACGAGUGGCCCGUAAGCUGGACCGUUACUCAGAGUAUGGUGCUGCUGUCCUCAUGCUGCUCAUGUGCAUCUUUGCCCUCAUUGCACACUGGUUGGCCUGCAUCUGGUACGCAAUUGGAAAUGUGGAGAAGCCUUACCUGGAGCAUAAAAUUGGCUGGCUGGACAACCUGGGGGUGUCAAUAGGGAAAAAAUACAACUACAGUGACCCAAGCUCAGGUCCUUCCAUCAAAGAUAAGUAUGUCACAGCACUCUACUUCACCUUCAGCAGUCUGACCAGCGUGGGCUUUGGGAACGUUUCCCCCAACACCAACUCUGAGAAGAUCUUUUCCAUCUGUGUUAUGCUCAUUGGAUCUCUAAUGUACGCCAGCAUCUUUGGAAAUGUGUCCGCCAUCAUCCAGAGGUUGUAUUCAGGUACAGCCAGGUAUCACCUCCAGAUGCUGCGGGUCAAAGAAUUCAUCCGCUUCCACCAGAUCCCAAACCCACUGAGGCAGAGGCUGGAGGAGUACUUCCAACACGCUUGGACGUACACUAACGGCAUCGACAUGAAUAUGGUCCUGAAGGGUUUUCCAGAGUGCCUACAGGCGGAUAUCUGCCUCCACCUCAACAAGAAUCUCCUCCAGGGCUGUAAAGCAUUUCGCGGAGCCACCAAGGGCUGCCUUCGGGCCUUGGCCAUGAGGUUUAAGACGACCCAUGCGCCCCCUGGAGACACGCUAGUCCACAGUGGAGAUGUACUUACAGCACUCUACUUUGUUUCCCGUGGCUCCAUUGAAAUCCUAAAGGAUGACGUUGUGGUGGCCAUCCUGGGCAAAAAUGACAUCUUCGGAGAAAUGAUACACCUGUACGCAAAGCCGGGGAAAUCCUGUGCAGACGUGCGGGCGCUAAGUUAUUGUGACCUGCAAACCAUUCAGAGGGAGGACAUUCUGGAGGUGCUGGACAUGUAUCCAGAAUUCGCUGACCACUUCUUCACUAACCUGGAGCUCACGUUUGACCUCCGUGAUGAAAAUGCAAAGGUGACCUACUCACAAGAAACUGAUUCUAACAUGGAUGACUCCAAGUGUCGAAAACGGGUCUCAUACAGAAGGAAAUCCUCCACAGGCUCCCACAACCAGGACAACAAGGAGACUGCGGUCACCUACUGCGACACAAAGCAGACGAGGCAGAUCUAUGCUUCCUCGGCAGCUGAGGAGAGGAGAGAGUCUGCUGAGGAGGGAGAGGAUGAUGAGGAUGAGGAGGAAGAGGAAGGCAGGGAGGAGGAAGAGGAGCAGAGGCCCUUGUGUUCUGGUGUGCUGGGCUACCCGGUGGUAAGGGACCACGCCCUGGGCCUUGGGUUGAACAGUGCUUCCAGUACACAGGCUGGAGACAACGCACAGAACCAGGAAUACAAAGAGCUCCACCCUGACGAGUGGGUGCAUCAGCAUCCCGGUGAGGCUGCGGAGGAGUCGGCUCACUGCCAGGAAACACCAGCCAGGGAGGAUGACAGUGACACAGAGCUCACCUAUGGAGAGGUGGAGCAACGUCUAGACUUGCUGCAGCAGCACCUCAACAGACUUGAGUCCCAGAUGACUUCAGACAUCCAGGCUAUCCUGCAGCUCCUUCAGAGGCAAACAGCAGCCGGUCCUCCAGCUUAUAGCACCGUCACCUCCAGCCCAGAGUACCAGAGGCCAGCCGUCAGGAUCCAGCUGGUGUCUGCCAUCGAUGUGAGCCCUGCUCCAGCCCAGCCGCAGAGCCCCGGCUCAGAGAGAGCCCUGAACACAUCCAUAGAAACAUCCCCAGUCCUUCUCCAUGCAGAGACUCAUCCCAAUGGGGACUUAGCUGGACUGCUUGAGAAUAACGCCAACACUGAGCAGAGAGACAUCCUAGACUCAGCAGCGCAGCAGCACCACCAACAUCCACUGAAUUUCCCAUCAAGCCGGCAAGCCUCUCUACCAGAUGUCCCCAGCAGCUCAGGAAUGUUGGGACUCCACAGGCCAGUCUCCGACCCGGGGCUUCCAGGGAAGUAGCCCCCACCCCCCACUCCAAACCCUUCGACAAUGACUGAAGGUUAUUUCUAAAGCUUGACUCAGGGUUUAAGAAAGAGACUAAAUAUGCAAAGGUUAAAAGAAACUGUAGACUUUCUUCCAUUCCUUUUGAGAAAACCCCCUAGCUCCCUCCUCCGUCCCUGCCCUGUGCUCCAAUUUAGAUGUAUAAAAUCCAUUUAUACAGAGGUAUUUAUACACUAUAUUACUACCACGUGUAAAGUCAUCAUCUACCAUGUACAUAGUUGAAAUAGAACACUGCCAGCAACUCAAGGCACCUAAUGUGCUCUUCCGAAAAGAUAUGCAUGAUUUUUUUUUUUUUUUUUUUUCUCACGUUGUCUUCUGUUGCAUGUUCCUCACACACAGUGCAAACCACCAUUCAUUCAGGGGUGGCCUCAGCAUGCUCACAGACUGCACACAGACUGGAGCUUUCCACUCUCAUUUUCCACCACUCUUCCCUCCUCACAGGGAACAAAGCUACUUGAAACUCUUUCCAAGGCAUUUCUUUGUUCUAAUAAUCCUUCUUGCUAAUAAAUGUUAUACUGUUGGAACGCUUGUUUAUUUCCCUUUAAAUAGUGCCACAUUUGUAAGGAAAAUGCAUUUGUGGGUUGAGCAGCAGUGUUGAGUAAGUGGGUUGAAACUAGAGAUGGCACGAUACCACUUUUUUAUGUCCGAUACCGAUAUCAUAAAUUUGGAUAUCUGCCGAUACCGAUAUUAAUCCGAUAUAGUGUGUUUUUUAAUCAAUAAAACUGUUUUGUUUUUUUUUUAUGUCUUGCUGCAUUUUGUAUAAGUUCAUACUCAAGUUUAAAUAAACAACAACACUAAAGCUAUUCUGUUAUACCUGUAUGUUUAAAAAAAAAAAAAAAAAAAAAAAAAAAAAAUACACUGCACCCAAAAUAUUUCAUAGUUCAGCAAUACUGAUCAAUCUAAUAAACUUAAACCUACUCCAUCCUUCCUAUUCUGGUAUUUUAAAGAGUACUUAGCAGAAAUAUUAAGCAACCUAACUAAUAGGGUUGCAAACUCCCAGCAAAAAAAAAAAAAAAGGGGACCACCCCCACCCUCCACCUCAUGAUGCUUAAUCGACGUAAUCAACUUUAAUUUGAUGCAGUGUGAAAAAAAUGCACAGAAAUAAAUUAUUUUUCAAGAAUAAUUAAAUAUAUUCAACAUCUUUCUUCAACAGAAUUGCAGACUGCACAGAUGGUACUUUCCCAAAGGAAAAAGUACUAUAGCUUACUAGGGUAUAUUAGACUUAACAGUUACUAUAUACAGUAAUGGACUUCUAUACAUUUUACAUCAGAUUAAAACUUUGAGUGUAAGAUUCAGAUAAUUAUUUAUUAAAAGCUAGACAUUUUAAAUGAGAAUAAGAAAGAUAAGUAUGUCUUUGUGCCCCCUUUUCCCUGUUAAUGCCCUAUCGGCCCCCCUGGCUAAACUUUGCUAGAUCCGCCCCUGCACAGUUACCAGCCGUCAGCUACGUAGAAAAGGAUCCUGGUCUAGAAAGUAAUAUUAAAUAAAUUCUAACAACAGCUUAUCAAGGUUAAACGUGCUGCUGUUGUUCAGCCGCUGGUUUCCUCUUUCUGAUGAGAAGUGGGCCAAAAACAAAGAACAGAGACGGACUCGCGACAGAAAAGCCGAUCAGCUGAUCAUUAAGCAGUUUCACGAUUGAAGUAGCAGCAAGAAAAGGCAGUCGCUCCAUAUAUCGGUUGUUAAGCUUAACGUAGGUACGCUUUACAAACAUUCAGAGAUGAACUUACACACUUGCUUUACUUCUCUCUGGGAUAACUUCCUCGGAGAUGAAAUGCUGGAUUGCUAGCGAGGCUACAAAUAAACACAGCCGCUCUAUCACGUGAGCACACUGCUUCCAUGUGCUACGGUUAUGAGCCGAGUUACGUCAUGUCGCAAGUUUUGUGAGGUGCUUCUUUGAUAUUUAAUGGAUCGGAUUACAUUUUUUAAUUUCUCGCCGAUAUCCGAUCCAGUAAUUUAGGUCAGUAUCGGACCGAUACUUAAUAUCGGAUCGGUCCAUCUCUAGUUGAAACUAUGAAAAACACGCCAAACCAGCUUAUCUAUUGACUUGUUUGGUGUUGUUUAUUGAAUUAAAUGACUGAAGUGUGAAGAAACAAGAAAUAUUGACAAUUUGUUCAUUAUAAAACAAGGGCCUUGCCUUCCACCUCCUCCUCAUCCUAGUCACCAGCUUGGUAGCACAGUGCUGUGCGCUGGUGUCCCAUUUUACAACCACCAUUUGACCCAAGCCAGCCAAUGUGGUUGUGUUGGUCACAGAAUAAGCUGUUUGGCGAGCAACCACAUACUUAACUUUGCUGCUCAACCCACAAAUGCAUUUUCCUUACAAAUGUGGCACCAUUUAAGGGGAAAUAAACAAUCACUGAUACAAUUAGCCAAACACAAACUUCCUUACUUUUUGUGCUAAGUUUAUAUUUCACUCCACAGCUUUCAAGCUCCAAAUAAAUUGGUGCAGUCACAUAUUGGCAAGGAGAGCUGUCUGUAUGUUUAGCGUGCCUAAUGUACACCACAUUGCCAUGACAUAUGAAAAACCAGUUAUUCAGCCCCUAUUACAGGAUGUAAUAUUAAUGUGUGUAGAGGCUGCUUGGAUGUCCCAUAGCACAAUGACAACUUUGUCAGUCUUUGAAAGCAAUAAUGAUGUAACGAUGAGGAGCCACAGUGGAUUUUCUGGUAUGUUUCUAGAGUUAAAUACAUUCUGGAAAUAAUUAUCUAUGAGCUGAAGAACAUAGCGUUUGUGCUGUGGAUGAAUUUACUUGUAUAGAGCAAACCUGAUGUAAAGCUUCACACAUUUUAGCUCACUUUAAUUAUUAGAAACAAACAAAAAAAUUAAGACCACAACAUAAAGAUGAAUAACACCGUGAGGAAGUCAAAAACGUGAAGGACAUUUAUGUCAAGGCUGUUUGUUUUUUCUGUGAUGGUUUACAGUGUGAAGCACAGCUCACUGUCUGGUUGUCCUAUUCUAUUUUGGUAGUGAUCAACGAGACACUGACAAAAGUCAGCAUGAAUCUUUGAUGGCUGUUUGUGACAGAAAGUUCACAAAAUGUAUUGUUUUUUCCAGUCUUUUCAGGAUAAUUCACCAACAAUAAUUCCUGUAGCUUAUUAAGCUAG